UCCGUAAUAUAGUGUUGAGAAUUACAAAUUGGCUUAUGACCCAAUGAUAUACCCAAUGCCAAGCGAGGACCAAUGGGUCAGAACCGGGCAAGAUGAAGUUGACCCACCUGUUGUUAGAGCUGCCCCAGGCCGGCCCAAAAAGCUCCGGAGAAGGGGUCUUGAUGAGCCAAGAAACCUACAUUGCAUGAGGAAGGGUGGUGUAAGCAUGAGAUGCUCGAAGUGUAGGGCAGUUGGCUAUAACGCUAGGACUUGCCCUGGGAGGAAGAUGAAGUCCACUCCAAGCACUGCAACAGAGUUGAGCUUUGAUGAUAUUCCUUCUCACCCAAUUGUUGAUGAUUCACAGCCUACGCAAUCAUCUACAGCUGCACAACCUGUUUCACGGCCCAAAAAGAGAGUUCCACCUACUACUGUUGGUCCUACUUCAAUGAAAAGGAGUAAGACAACGGCUCCCUCAAUGCAUACUCGGGCAUCACAAAGAGCAAAUUCCACAGCUGCCAAAUCUGCUGUUGCAAGACCUAUUAGGAGGUCUGGUAGGUUGUUGGCAGCAUUUAAGGAGCCCAAUCCCAACAAAGAGAUACCUAUUGUUGACCUAACACGUGAUGAUAGCCAACCAGAAACUGCACCAGCAAUAUUCACUCGGGAACUGGCAAGGGCAUCCGGAGUUGUCAUUCUAGAACUAGUAAGUAGGCCAACAAGAGUAGUGGUACCAACAGUGGAGAAGGGUCUACAGUGAAUGGAAGCUAAAAACAAAGGGAAAAAAUCAAUAUUGCAGCCUUGAUGGGUUUUUGGAAACUGUUGUUGGAAAUAUGAUAGCCAACAGUUUUUUAAUAAUGUAGUGGGAAAUAUAGACUAUGUUGGUUUGUAGUUGGAAACAGUUUGGUUUGUUGUUGAUAUAAAUAGUUUUUUGAUGUUUUGUUGUUGUUGGAAACAACUUGUUUAGGUUUGAAGGGAAAUAUGUUGGAACAAUGCCAUGUUUUCUGAUUUGUUGUUGUGCUGGGAAAUAUGUACUAUGUUGGCUUGUAGUU